AUGGCGGGGCCGCGGGCGCUGCCGGUCACGCAGCAGGUCGGGCGGGCGCGGGGCUGCGGGCGGGGGGAGCCGGCGGAGCUGCGGGAGGAGGCUGCCCGCUGCCCGGUGCUGGACCGGGACGGCCGGAGCGUCCCCUUCCAGGCCCUGUACGGGGAUCGGAAGGCGAUCGUGGUGUUCGUGCGGAAUUUUUUGUGUUACACCUGUAAGGAAUAUGUAGAAGAUCUGGCAAAAGUUCCCAAGGCAUUUUUACAAGAAGCAAAUGUGAGGCUUAUAGUUAUUGGGCAGUCAUCUUAUCACCACAUCAAGCCCUUUUGCAGUUUAACUGGGUAUACACAUGAAAUGUAUGUAGAUCCACAAAGGGAAAUUUAUAAAACGCUUGGCAUGAAAAGAGGUGAAGGUAAUAACAUAUCAGUGCGGAGCCCUCAUGUGAAAUCAAACACACUUCUGGGAAGCAUCAGGAGUAUAUGGAGAGCAAUGACUGGCCCGGCUUUUGAUUUCCAAGGAGACCCUGCUCAGCAGGGAGGAGCUUUGAUCAUAGGCCCAGGCAAUGAAGUUCAUUUUUUGCACCUCGAUAAAAACAGGCUGGAUCAUGUUCCCAUUAAUACAAUUUUGCAGCUGGCAGGAGUUAAAACAGUGAAUUUCUCAAACAAACCCCAGAUCAUUGACAUAUGACACUGACAUAAUAUAUACUUUUUUUUAAACUUAUGCUCUACAGGAACAAUUCUCCAGUGAAUUCCAACAAGCAUUGGUAAUGUUAUGUCUUUGUAGGACAUCUGAAACCUUAUCUAGAAAAUCAGAGCACAGAAUAAACUACCUGGCACUGAAGAUGGACACAAAAGUGUUAUUCCCAUUGAGUACAAGAUAAUAAAAACUAAAACACAACUGAGGCUGAUUGCAAAAAAUCCUGGAGAUUAUUAUUGUCUCAUGAAACAAUCUUGCUAAUAUAUUUUAAAAAUCAUUGUUCCAGAUGCGGUAAACUCAAAAAUCUGAUUUUGGUCAGGAAGAACAUGCCUUCAGCAGAUCAACACUGUCUUUCAAUCCAAUACUUCUCAGCACUGUUUUAAAGCUUCAAGCACCGUAUGACAAUCUUGUAUUAAAAUAUACCCUGAAAAGUCACAGUGUUGAAUACUGGGACUUAAGCUUAUACCUACUUUUGCAUCUGACACUGGCAGACACUAUGAAAUACAUUUCAUAAUUUUAAAUAAAUAUUUUAAAUACAUCA